AUGGCGUCGCACAAGGAAAUUGUGUCCUCCUUUGUUGAGGGAGCUCCCCCUGGCGAGCUUUCAGACAUCAAGGCCCUUACUAGCUCGACCCCUAAUCUGCUGAACGAGCUUGGACCGGCGUUCCAAAAGUACAACGAGGAACAGUUCGCGACGGUGAAGCUCCCCGGUGGUAGCCAACCUGUUAUCAUUAGCUCCCAUAGUUCUCUGGAGGAUGGUCGUUACUACGACGUCGAGAGCUCCUCGAGCUUCGCCUACGACCACAUUACUCAGAAAGCCAGCGAUGUUCAGAGUCACGUCCUAGAAGGCGAACAGACCGACCUAGUGAAAUCCACGGUCAAGGGGCUUUCAGCCUACGUCAAGGAGCACUUUCCUAACGCCGCCUAUGGCGCGUACCCGAUAGAGAAUGACUCCAAAAUCGCGGUUGUUAUUGUCGCGAACAAGUACAGCCCGAACAACUUCUGGAACGGACGUUGGCGCUCGCUAUACAUCUACGACCCAUCCAACAACUCCAUUGAGGGCUCCAUCAAGGUCGACGUGCACUACUACGAGGACGGAAACGUGCGUUUGUUGACUAACAAGACAGUCACCGCGACCGUGUCGUCAGGCACCGGCAGCGGCAUUGCCAAGGAGAUCUCGGUGAACGAGAAGAAGUACCAGGAGGAGUUGAACAAGAGUUUCACAAGCCUCAGCGAGGGCGCUUUCAAGGGCUUGAGAAGACAGCUGCCGGUGACGAGACAGAAAAUCGAGUGGGACAAGGUCGCCAGCUAUCGCCUGGGACAGGAUAUCGGUGGUGGAAGCUCUAGGCGGUAA